AUGAUAUUUCUUAAAGUCCUUAUCACUGACUCGCCACUGGACCGACUCACUGCAACGACAGUCUCUCUCUCUCUCUCUCUCUCUCUCUCUCUCAACGGCUGCAAUUUCAGUGGUAAUUCCCCAUUAACACUAGGCGCUUCUCCAGCCCGCAAUUCACUCUGCAAUUGUGCUAACGGAAUUUCAUCCUCUUCUUCCCAUUCACUCAGUUCCUCUUCUUCCCUAAGGGGCCCUCCUGGGUGGGGUAGAGCUCGGAUGACUGUCUUUGCUUGGACUAGCAACCCAUUCCUUCCCUCUAUUCGAGUUAGGGUUGUUUCGUUCAGUGUGGUCCAUCUUUCUCCUGCGAGGACAGGUUCGUCUCAGGUGACCCGCUCCUCCACAGCACCAACACCUUCGCUCAUUACAACUUGCCGAAAAGUGUCCGACCAUGCCACACGUCCAGCAUCUCAGUGGUCUUACUCGCACUGGGACCACCCUGCAUCUUACUUUUUCACAGGUGACCCAUUGGCGUUUCCCGGACCCCUUUCCUUUUUGGGAGGAGGCACCAGCGUAUUAACUCGCUUUAUCCCUAGUUUGCGGUCCCCUUCCAUCGUACACCGAACUCGCCACAAGUCGUACAGUUCGGCCCCAGAGAUCUCGGUCCCUUAUCCGGAUCCGCUCCCGAUACUUCUCUUUUAUUAUUACCUUGCCCGAGCCGUUUCCAUGGCUGCGUCCAGGGUGACCGGUCCUCCUUUCACAAGAUCGCCCCUCAAGUCCCUGUCGUUUAUGACAAACGUUAAGUUUCAGCGACUUUUCAAUGCGACUGCUACAACGACGAUGAUAUUUCUUAAAGUCCUUAUCACUGACUCGCCACUGGACCGACUCACUGCAACGACAGUCAGUCUCUCUCUCUCUCUCUCUCUCUCUCUCUCUCUCUCUCAACGUCACUCUCGUCUAACGCCCAAGACUCCCCAACUCAGCAAAUCUCGCGUUCAUAUAGCAAACCGAAGGUUAUAA